AUGGCCAGCGACCCAAUGUUCCACCCCUUUAGUGUCAUUCGGAAUAAUUACCAGACGGGAGCAAAUUUUACCCACAAGAAAAGGAACGAUAAUUUCACAUGUGUAAUGUCAUUCCCAAAAUGUGUGUGCGAGGAAAUGAUUGACGAAAUGGAAAAGGACCAAAUCUUCCACCCAUUUAGUGUCAUUCCAACUAAUUACCAGAAAGGGCAAUAUUUUGCACACAAGAACAAAGAACCGCGCAAUAUUUUGCACAUGGAAACGAAGGGAAAUGAUUCACUGGUGUAA